UGGUCUACUUUUCUCAGCGUAAAUGUCUGUGCUAGUUCACCAUGACAACCGCAGCCGAUCGGACCAGUAAUACACAUCCUUUCCACUUCGCGCAUUGAUUCAUUGAGAACUCCAUUUUUCUAACUAAUUACUCGCUCAAGUCUGUGUGAGUACUGAGCUAGGUUUUUGUCAAGUGGGAUCAACUUACGCACAGCCGCGGUACGGAUAGACCUACUAAUGUUUUGUUCAAGGACACUACAGCUGUGUUUAUGUGUAAUAUACAACUAAGAUGCAUGUUGUCCAGGGUAAAUGGCUGCCGGACGGAGCACUUGACACAAAAAGAAGGCACGUCCUCCUUUUGCCGGAUGUCUGCAGAAAGGGAGCUAAACUCUGCAAUUUUAGAUAUAUGACAGUAUUUGGCGGUUCUUUCCCUUAGGUUCUCUACGCAAAAGAGCAUUGAUGUUUGAAAUGGGAUUGGCUUCCAAACCGGUGGCUUUCUGGCCCAAACCUCGGUGAACACUGGGAUAUUUCUUCUUCCUCGUUCUCAUUUAUAUGUUUGAUGGCUCAGACUAGUGAUCCAAUUUCUGCCAUGAUCUGCGCAGAGGUUUUCAGAUUCUACAGUUCAGGGUAAGACUCAACAACGCAGACCUAUCGAGAAUGUCUUCACUCCUCAUCAAAAUUCUAAUCUUGUUGGGCGUUGCUGCAGCCGCAGUUUUCGUCCUGUUUCAGCUGGGCUCGUCUGCCGCGAGCUUCACCUUUGAAUUUCGAGAAGACGUCAUCGAUCUCAAUAUACUGAAUACUGUUAGAAGAGAAGCUAACGUCGGGAACCUGUCGGAUGUGAAUCUCGACGAACUCAGUACACGAGAGCUCCUCUUGACAAUGCACAGUCACAUCGACAAUGCAAAUACGAUGUGCAACAGAAAGAUACGCAUGGGCUACACUGGCGAUGGUGGCUGGGAGAUCUGUGACGACCCUGACGUCAGGCCCCGAGUUCCCUGCAUCAUCUACUCCUUCGGCAUCAGUUACGACUUCUCCUUCGACGACGACGCGGCCAAGCUGUACGGGUGUCACGUGUACUCGUUUGACCCCAGCAUGCGGAGGGAGAAGGACUUCUACGACAGGUCAUCACACGUUCACUUUUACAAAAUCGGACUCAGCGGAACGACCUACGUCAAUCAGGACAAUAAAUGGCUACUUAUGACCUUCCGAGACAUCAGGGAGAAAUUGGGACACACCAAUACCACCGUGGACAUCGUCAAGAUGGACAUCGAGAGCUCAGAGUGGGAGGCGCUCCCCGAGAUGGUGGCUUCCGGGGAGUUGCGUCGCGUGAAGCAGCUUCUCCUGGAGUAUCAUCUGGUGGACCAGACGAGGGACUAUCUGCUGCCCAGGCUGAAGGCGAUCCAGGCUGUGGAAAGCGUAGGCUUCCAAAAGUUCUACGUGCACAAGAACCAUGCAUGUACAGUGAGCUCUGUUUUUCCGGUGACUAGGACCAGGUGUUACGAGGUCCACUACCUAAAGCGUUAGUUGUGUUCUUCUGAUGUUCUGAAAGUUUGAUGGACUAGAAAAUGUUCACCCUGUAGUGAGGCCUCUGCGAAGAAAUGAACCCGAGUCUUUCAAAUUCCACCACUUAUUGUUCAGCAUGUGUAUGUCUUUUGCUCAAUACAAUCAAUGACUUUUCUGCGAAAUUAUGGAUAGGAACGAAUUCAUUGGUUAAACUUUUUUUUGUUUCAAAGAAUUAAAAUUAGACAUUAUUGUCAAUUAUGAUUCAUAACUACAAGCGGAAGAUAUUCCAUCGCCAGGACUACAAUACUGUCAAUGGUUUAAACAUAGUACAUAAUCGUAUUUUUAAUGAGUAUAGAAGUCAAGUCACAGUGGCUGUCAUAAAAUGCGACAGUGCUAAUGAUUCCACGUGUUGGUAAUGACUUGAACACUGAGACACAAUUUCGAUCAUAUUUUUGUUGCCAUCUGUAUUGCGUCUUUGACAUGUAAAAUCAAUGUGUUCUUUUGAAAGGCAGCUUAAUGACUCCUUAGAGGAUAAAUACUUUGGUGUCUUGUAUCCCAUAAUUUCGUGGGAGGAUGUGUCGGUGAAACGCUUUCAGAACGCCAUCUGCCUCAGCGACCUACUCCCAAUGGUUUAUCAGCCCACGCUUUGGUUUCAUUCUUCCCCUUUACUUUCUUCACCUGGUACUGAACAUUUUUGUUUUCCUUAAGAGCGUUUUAAUAUCAUGGCGCGCCCAUACCUUUUAAAACCUUUCGUGGCUUCGAUACUGUUCUUUAGAUGAUGUGGUGUUGAUGCUUAUUGCUUUAUCAAACGGUAUUAUAGUAAAUUAAAUACACCAUUUCGUUGUAUGCUAUGUGAUGUAAAUGCUCGCAUACUCUGGCUGUCAUUUUUGUUAGGAGUCUGUAUCGUAAUCAUAUUAUCUUAUUUGAUUUUGAUUUGAAAGAAAGAAAUGUGUCCUUUGUUGCAAACGGUCGUUGACUUACAGGACCUAAUUGCUGGUAGACAACUAAACUGCUGAUGGAGUAUAAGAUAUUAACUUAUAAAACGUGAAAUAACUUGAAUGACUUCUUUUAUGAACAAAACUAAAUACACAUUUUUAUUGCAAUAUAGUCAAAGUGUAACUGGAGAUAAAAUGAAUUAAACUCAUAGUUUAAACCAAGGUAACCCACUUUAGAAAACACGUCUUUACACUCAGGCGUCCUGUAGUCGUCUACCGUACUAACGUCAGCGCCGCUUAUCUUGCAUCAUUCUACAAAAGUAACAAUCGAUGCUCCCUUUCUUUAUCCUCUAACAUUUAAUGCUCCCUUUCUUCAUAAUCACCUUGGAAAUACACACACACACACACACACACACACUCCAUAGAACCCUUGUAAAGUCACUAGCUGGACUGUACAGAACUUGAACGUGUAAAACUCAAAAUACUUCUUGCAAUAACGAAACAUGACAAGAAAUAAGUAGAAUGAAACACAACCGUUAGCUUCGCCAAGGAGGAAUUGAUUUGUUUUGAAAACAUUUUUUACAUUUUAUUACAUUCUUUGUGUUCUGAAAACUGCUUCGUUGGUUUGAUUAAUUUAUUUGGUUGUGUAUCUGUGAAGAAGUGCACAUUAAAGUAGAGUGUUAUGAUCUCAA